GAGAUGUCGACGCUCACUCCAUCCAACGCCAGCAGGAUGAUGAGCCCGGCAGCAUGGGGCCUCAAACUCACUCCCUCCAACUCUCCAUACACGAAAACCACCGCCAUGCGCUCUCCAGUGAAGUCCAAACCCCCGGAGCUCUCACUCUCACUUCGACAAGUCAUCGGAACCACCACCAAUUCGGCCAAUGGCCUCGACAGCCUCCCCUCCGGCCGAUCAUUCGCUUUCACCGCCGGAGCUGCAGCCGUCAUCGCAACUGUCGCUGACGACCAUAAUGUUUCCCAACGAUUUUACCGCGCUCGACCUACCACAAACCCUCUGAACCCUUCUUCCUCUGUCUACGGUGGUCCUGCAACACCUACAAAUAACGAAGGCCGAAGCCGAACCGCCGCGUCCCUCAGAGAUGCCGGCAUUGGGGCCUCUCCCCUGGCUUCCCCAGCUGGCGACUGGGCAGACUCCCCCGCAAAUAAGACCUGGACGGCUAGAGAAAGGAUAAAAGCUGCGACUUGUGUGUCUUUCAGCCCGGAUGGGAAAUACCUAGCCGUCGGGGAGACUGGCUAUAAACCCCGAGUCUUGAUAUUUUCUACUUCCACCGAUGCCCCCUCCGACACUCCUUUGACCUGCCUCUCCGACCACACUUUCGGCGUCAGGUCCAUUUCCUUCAGCCCCGAUUCUCAAUAUCUUGCCAGUUUAGGCUCUGCUAAUGACGGCUUUCUCUACAUUUGGAGUAUAAAUCCUCGUACUGGGUCGGCGACGUUGCUAGCAAGCAACAAAUGUACAAGCAACAUCAACAAAAUCACCUGGCUAGGAUCCAGCCUCGUCACAGUUGGCACUCGUCAUGUCAAAGUGUGGAGGACUGAAGAGCCUAUUCUUCCAUCAACGCCCUCCAGGUCCCGUCAAAGUGACGUGAAUUUUAUGAUUACAGGUACUCCACACAAGACUCUACCCGGAAGAAAUUGCCUUCUAGGAUCAUUGCUGGAGACAACAUUCACUAGCGUAGUUGCUGUCAGUCCGAGUAAAGCAAUUGUUUGCUCAGACAAGGGUGACAUAUGCCUUAUCGACGACACCGACGGAACCCAGCGGUUUUCCAAGAUUGCCGAUGCAGGCUUCGGGGUGACAGCAAUGGCAGUGGAUUUGAAUGGUAGACUACAUUUAGCUGGCAGCCAGGGAGGGUUGAGAACUUUGCACAUCAACGAUCUUCUCGUCACACAAACUCCACCUCCUUCCCCGCCUCCUAGGGUGCAAUCACCUAUUGUCGCUUUGACUAGUGAUAGUGCCCAGGUCGAGGCAGUUGCCCCAAUACUAGAUUACCUGGUAACCGUGGACUCUCGACACUCCAUCCGACUUUCCCGGCUCACUAAUCCCGACGACGAAUCAGUUCUUGGAGACGUCGUUCAAAAACUCCCUGCCCAUGGAGAGCCUGUUCUUGGAGUAAGAGCACUACCAUCGCCAAAUUUAUUCAGCUCUUCAUUUUUUACGUGGUCAGCCGGAGGAUCUAUCCUCUUCUGGAGCCGAGAAGGGCUCUGCAAAGAGGACCUUAAAGUGUCUUUGGAGCAAGUGGACAAUGGCGACGAAGACCUUAACGAGCUUCGGACAGUCUCCGCGUCCUCUGGGGCCAAAUUCAUCGUUUCAGGGGACAAGUAUGGAGUUCUUAGGGUCACAAACUGCUCUACUAGAUCUAGUGUUUUCGAUUUCAAAGCGCAUGCUGGCGAAAUUACGGAUAUUGCAAUUUAUGAAGACAAAACGCCUACUUAUGUUGCUUGUGCGGGGCGUGAUCGCACAGUUCAGGUCUUUACAAAAACUGGCGAUUCUUGGGAUCUUCUUCAAACUCUGGACGAGCAUGUUGGUGCCGUGACCGGUAUUCUUUUUUCAAGAAACGGAUCACGACUCGUGUCCUGCUCAUCCGAUCGGACAGUCGUGGUUCGUAAUUUGGUUUCCAGAGAAGAAGACGGCGAAACUCUCUUCGCUUUCGUCAUUCUUCGGACGAUCACCCUGAAGGCUUCUCCAGUCUCAAUGGUGUUAGACGUUGACCAAGACGACGUACUUCUUGUCUCCACAAUCGAUCGGCAAAUCCAGAAGUACGAUCUACGGAACGGCCAUUCGCUAAGCAGCUUCCGAGCGUCAGAUUCAGAGGGAGGAGACGCAGUCGUAAUGUGCUCAUUGGCACAUAUUCCAACACCUCGAGGGUCUCCGCUCAUUGCCGGCGUUUCUAGCACGGAUAAAUCUAUUCGCUUAUACGAGGAAGCUGGAACCUUGGUCGGGCGAGAUUGGGGCCAUACCGAAGGCGUCACAGACAUUGCCUUAGUCAGUUCCAAGAAUUUCGAAGAGGACGAUGUCGAACAGCGAUCAUUAGUGACAGUGGCGGUCGAUGGCACCAUAUUUAUCUGGAAUCUGGACCUCAAACCGCCUCAGAGGCAAGAAAUUUCCAGAUCAAUGGACCUGGCGGGAGCAUCUACACCAACGAACCGAGACUUGAUUGUCAACAAACCACCGCUCCGACGCGUCUUCUCCCAGAACGAACUGGCCCGCUUCCAGCGAUCGCCCGACGAAGAAGCCACUACCCCAACAGGAGGCCGCUCACCUCGAUUAAGAAAAAGACUCUCCAAGUUCUCCCUCGCGCAGGCCCCCAAACUCGACCCAUCACCCAUGCCUAGCAUCCCAAAGGAGUUCCAAACAACCGGCCCCUCUUUCGCCCAACCCAUCAGCCGCAAAUACCGCAACCGCUCCCCCUCACCUCCCAGUCCCCGUAAUAACCAGCACUCGAAAUCCAGACGCCCCUCUCUCGACGCCCGACUACGCACAAAAAGCAGCACCGCCCCCGUCAAUGAGUUCGGCAGCCUAGGCGCCUCCACCGAACAAGUCUGCCGCACUCUCCGCGCCUACCGCAAGCGCCUUGCGAACAGCUCCGACGGCCUCUCGUCCGAGUCGGUCCGCGAGCUGGAGCGCGAGCUAGCCAUCACAGCGCGGGCCGUGGGCGAGCGCGCUGUGAAGGCGAAGACCGUCGACGAGACCGUCAUGGUCAAGCUGCUUGACCAGUACUCGGAGCGCUUGGUGCAGAUGCUCGACGAGAAGAUUGCUAUCAGCGUCAAGCAGCAGGUACGGCAGAACAGUGUCGACGGGAGCGGCGCUGCGAGCCCCAGCCCGACGCCGGACAAGGCGAUGCUGAGGGAGGAGCCGGAGACGGAGCUGGUGGCGGAGCUGCAGGAACUGUCUGCGGAGAGCGGCGGGGUGGGGCUGGGGUUGGGUGUACAUACACCUAUUGCGGAGGAGGCCGUGGAGACGGAGACGAAGAAGCGGGCGAAAAGUUCGGCGUGAGUGAUUGAAGCUUGGACACAUUCGCUUACCGCCGUUUGAGGUGCUUCGGCGCCUCAUAGAAAUUCCAUUAAGACGUGCAGAUUUUCAGAGCAUGGAUUUGUGGUUUCAUGCGCAGUAGUGAGCGAGCGAGAAAAGCUAGGGGAUUGGAGUUAGGCGGGGCGGUGUACGAUAAUCGGAAAGGGGCUCUUUGCUGCUUCUUUUUCUGCUUUUUUUUCUUUUUUUCUUUCUCUUGGGUAUGUGGACAGGAAGGGCGCUGGUGGAGGGAAGGGAAGGCGAGGCUAGUAAGACCGCCGAGGGCCAUGGGGGGGGUUGUUUUCUAGAGUUGGGAGGCUCUCUUGAGGCGUUUUGGGUUGAUUUUUGGCGUUUGAGGAAUGGGGUUUGAAUUUCCUCCAUUAGAUGCCUGUAGCAGACAGAGCAGUCAGUCCGUCGACUUUUUCGUAAUGGCAGCGUCAGUCACCAC